AUGGACCAAAGACGAAACACGUCCCUGAGGGAGCGUUUACAAUGGUUGUACAACCUGAUGAUUCACCUACCUUGCCCUCCCAAAGACGAUGACGCCAACUACGAAAACACCACAUGGUGUAAUCGCGACCUGAUUCCCAUUCCCCAGGAAAGACGAACCUAUGGCGCCAUCUCGUACAUGGGUAAGGCACCUGGCUGCGUGGUUGUCCUGACUGUUGCGACAACAGUUUCCUCUGACAUCUUGACAGCAUACUGGACCGUCUCGGGCUCGAACAUCUCGGCCUGGAGCGUCGGAAGCACGCUGCUGGCAUUCGGGCUCACUCCACAACAAGCCAUCGCGGCCGUGGUUCUUGGCGGCGUUAUUACCGGUCUUCUCGCGGUGGCCUGUGGUUGGAUGGGUGCCCAACACUACAUUGGCUAUACGGUUUGCAGUCGAUUCUCGUGGGGAAUGAGAGGGUCAUACUUUCCUGUUAUCCUGCGCGUCUUUAUCGCAUCCAUGUGGUUCGGCAUCCAGGCAUUCUGGGGCGGCCAGGCUACUCGAGUUUGCAUCGGAGCCGUCAUUCCCGGCCUCGCUCGUCUGCCCAACUCCUUUUCGGCCAGCUCUCACCUCGAAACGAAGGAUUUUAUCGGCUUGGUGGUUUGGAUGUGCGCCUUUGUACCGGCAAUCCUGAUCCGCCCCGAACGGCUACAGCUUCCGUUCGCCGUUUGCUUUGUUCUUUUCUGCUGCACCGCCUUCGGUCUGCUCACAUGGUCUGUCAGCCAGGCCAAUGGUCCCGGAGCCAUGUUCCAGGAGCCUGGGACGGCACCCAACCUGGGAUGGGCCUUCAUGUUCAGCUUGACUGCCAUUCUGGGAGCUUGGGGCGGAGGCACUCUGGGCCAAUCGGACUGGACUCGAUAUGCAACGAGGCAAUUGGCGCCGGUGCCGUCGCAGCUCGUCGCAACGCCGCUGACUAUUUCCGUCACUGCCAUCAUUGGCAUCGUGGUUACCAGCGCCUCACGCGACGUCCUCGGCGGCGACGUCGUCAUUUGGAAUCCCAUUUACCUGCUUGCCGCCAUGCAGGAAUACUACGGGUCGGGCGCUGGCGUUCGGGCCGGCGUCUUCUUUGGCGGAUUGGGCCUCGUUGCUUCUCAGCUCUCUAUCUCCGUCGUCCUCAACGCCAUGUCGUGCGGCAUGGACAUGGCCGGCCUUUGGCCUCGCUACAUCAACAUCCGACGCGGAGCCGCCCUCAUGGCCGUCAUUGGCAUCGCCGUUCAGCCGUGGCAAUUGCUCGCCACUGCUGCCAAAUUUCUCCAGGUCCUCGGCGGCUUUGGCAUCUUUCUGGCCCCCCUGACCGGCAUCAUGCUUGCGGAUUAUCACGUCAUCAGGCGACGUAAGCUCAAGAUAGGCGACCUUUACCGCGGAGACGGUUCGUCGAUUUACUGGUACGACGGCGGAUUCAACUGGCGCGCCCUCGCGGCCUUUUCCAUGGGCGCAUGGCCCAUGAUCCCCGGUCUCGCGGCCUCUGUCAAUGCCACUGAGGAUCCGGCCUGGACGGCCUGGAUCCGACUGUACAACCUGAGUUUUGUAGUCGGCCUGGCCAUGGGCUUCGUCGUGUUCUGGGGGCUGAAUCGCGCAUUCCCCCCGCCUGGACUGGGUGAGCAGUCCGACUUUGAGCCCAUCCACGGCAUCAUGGCCCCGUCGCUUGACAGUCCCAGCGAUGGGCAUUUCGGGGGGCAUGGUCAGCAGGAGAAGACGCUGCCAAUCCGAGUUGCUUAG